UCCCUCCAAUACAUAUCACUUAUCAGUAUAGCACUGGAACACUCCAUAGUUUCCAUUGUAGAGCUUCCCAAGCUCAAAUACUCUUCUUCCUUUCACAUGCCAUGGCUAUAAUGACGCACCCCAUCACCCCCUUCGUCACCCCACCUGUCCUCCUCCCACCCACCGUCUACCCCAAAACCACCCACCACCUAUCCACUUCCAUCUCCAAAGCCACUUCUCUCCCUCAGCUCAAACAAGUCCACACCCAAAUCCUCCGUCAAAACUUGUCAGAUUCCGAUUCCCUCCUUUUCAACCUCAUUCUUUCUUCAAUUCCUUUCCCUUCAAGCCUUCACUAUUCGCUUUCCAUCUUCUCCACUUUGCAAAACUCGCAAACCCAUCUCAUCAACAAGCUAUUUGGUGAACUUUCACGUUCUAAGGAACCCCAUAAUGCGUUAUUGUUUUUGGAGAAUGGUAGAAGAAAUGGGUUGGAGGUUGACAGGUUUAGCUUCCCCCCAUUGCUGAAAGCUGCCUCAAGAGCUUUGGCAUUGCGUGAAGGGGUGGAGAUUCAUGGGUUGGUUUGUAAGGUUGGGUUUGAUUCUGACCCGUUUAUUCAGACUGCUCUGCUUGGGAUGUAUGCUUCUUGUGGGAUAAUUGAAGAUGCACGGUUGGUGUUUGAUAAAAUGUCUCAUAGAGAUAUUGUCACUUGGGAUAUAAUGAUUGAUGGUUACUGUCAGAAUGGCCUUUUUGAUGAUGUAUUGGUGCUGUUGGAAGAGAUGAGUAGCUCUAAUGUGAAACCCGACUCGAGGGUUUUCACAACCAUUCUGUCUGCUUGUGGUCAAACUGGAAAUUUAGCCAUUGGGAAAGUGAUUCAUGGGUUAAUAUCAGAGAAUAAUAUCAUUGCUGAUUCUCGUCUGCAAAGUUCUCUUAUCAGCAUGUAUGCAGGCUGUGGCUGCAUGGAUUUGGCUCAGAAUUUGUAUGACAAACUGUCACAAAAGAAUUUGGUGGUAUCAACUGCCAUGAUUUCAGGGUACUCAAAGGCUGGGCAAGUUGAAGCUGCACGAUCUAUUUUUGAUCAAAUAACAAAUAAGGACUUGGUUUGUUGGAGUGCAAUGAUAUCUGGCUAUGCAGAGAGCGCUCAACCUCAAGCAGCUCUGAAGUUACUUGACGAAAUGCAGGCAUCUGGAGUGAAGCCUGACCAAGUAACUAUGUUAAGUGUUAUUUCAGCCUGUGCUAAUCUUGGUGCAUUGGACCAAGCAAAAAGAAUCCAUAUGAUUGUUGAUAAGUACAGAUUUCGAGAAGCUUUACCUGUAAAUAAUGCCCUAAUUGAUAUGUAUGCCAAAUGUGGGUAUCUAGACGGAGCAAGAGGAGUGUUUGGUCGAAUGCGAAGGAAAAAUGUUAUUUCGUGGACUAGUAUGAUUAGUGCGCAUGCCAUUCAUGGAGAGGCUGAUCAGGCCUUGAUGCUUUUUCAUCAAAUGAAAGAGCCCAAUUGGAUUACGUUUGUGGCUGUUCUAUACGCUUGUAGCCAUGUUGGACUUGUUGACGAGGGACAACAGAUCUUCUCAUCAAUGGUGAAUGAGUACAAUAUCACACCUAAACUUGAACACUAUGGUUGCAUGGUUGACCUUUAUGGCCGAGCGAAUCGUCUCAGAGAAGCUCUGGAGCUGGUAGAGACUAUGCCUAUGGCACCAAAUGUUGUCAUUUGGGGUUCACUAAUGGCUGCUUGUCGGAUCCAUGGUGAGUUUGAACUAGGAGAAUUUGCAGCUAAAAGGCUCCUCGAGUUAGAUCCUGAACAUGAUGGGGCUUAUGUCUUCUUAUCAAACUUUUAUGCUAAAGGAAAAAGAUGGGAAAAUGUUGGGGAGGUGAGACAACUUAUGAAACACAAAGGCAUAUUGAAGGAACGGGGACACAGUAAGAUUGAAAUGGACAAUGAGAUACACGAAUUUUUAACAGCUGAUAAGAGUCAUAAACAUGCUGAUGACAUCUACACGAAGCUAGAUGAGGUAGUUUGCAAGUUGAAGCAGGACGGUUAUGCUCCAAACACCAAUGUUGUUUUAAUUGAUGUAGAUGAGGACGAGAAGAAGGAUGUGGUUCUUUUGCACAGCGAGAAGCUGACUCUUUGUUAUGGAUUACUGAAGAGUAAUAGGGGAUCACCAAUCCAUAUAAUCAAGAACUUAAGGAUCUGUGAGGAUUGCCAUAACUUUAUGAAGUUGGCAUCUAAGGUGUUUGAGAGAGAAAUUGUUGUAAGAGAUAGAACUAGAUUUCACCAUUACAGAGACGGCUCAUGUUCUUGUAAAGACUACUGGUGACAGCAAUUUGUGAAAUAGAAUUAGCCGUAUGUUACAUUGUGUUAGUGUCCUCGUU